AUGUUUAAAUCAACCCAAGCACUAUUUGGCGGUCUUCUCUGGAAGACCCCGUGGCGUCUCUCCUCCCCUCAGAAGGCACGACAGCGCAAGCGCCUGCGCUCCGUGGACCGGGUCGUUGACACCGUCAGCGCCGCACUUGAGCGCAAUGGUCAGACCUCCAAGGCUGUGAGCCGGUGGUUUGCGGAGAUGCCGCGCGAAGAGGAAAUGCUGCCGAAGGACAAGUACACUCUCUUCGAUAAGAAGGAGAAGAGCUACCGGAAGAGCAUUCACAAGCUGCCCAAGUGGACUCGUGUCAGCCAACGUGUCAACCCUCCCGGUUUCUAA